CUGCACAAAUCUAAUCGGCAUCGGCAUCGAACAAUGGCUGCAACCAACGUCGGCAUUCCGCAACUAAGAACCGAGCACGGAUGAGCCGGGCGAAUCUCUGUUCUCUUGUACUGCCUUAACAGCCUUAACUGCGAUAAGCGUUAACGGAGGACCACAGCUAUCACGAUGGAUGUAGGCGAAGUUCGUAUUGCAGAUGAUCGAGAUUUCGAGCGCUUGAAAGCACUGGCCGACAAGCACGACGGCUGGAAAGUCGAGUACAAGAAGAAAGAUACCACCGUGUGGACUAAAUCGACGCAGCAAACUGAAUUCAAGAUGAUAAAGCUGCACACCGUGUACAAGGAUGUCAGUCCGGCUUUACUGUUUGACGUUUUAAUGGAUCCACUGUAUCGGAAAAAGUGGGAUGUGUACGUGCUGGAAAGCUACGACAUCGGAUUCUUGAAUCCUAACAACGACGUUGGAUAUUACGCAGUUCGGUCUCCACCGCCUUUCAAAAACAGGGACUUCGUCCUCCAAAGAUCCUGGCUACAAACGGAGAAAGAAUGCCUCAUAAUAAACCAUUCAGUGUUUCACGAGUCUGCACCACCAAAGAAGGGUUUCGUACGAGCCGUUUCCUACUUGACCGGACUUAUUGUUCAGCCAGACGGAAGUUGUGGUUCUAAGCUGACCUACGUAACGCAGUGUGAUCCCAAAGGUUCACUCCCGGCAUGCUUUGUGAACAAGCUCACCCAAAUUUUUGCUCCAAAUAUGGCAAAGAAGUUGCGAAAGGCUUGCCUGGAAUACAAUGACUGGAAGAAAGCUCACCAGCCCAGCUACAAGCCUUGGCUCCACCCAGAACAGAUAAGCUUGCCAAGACUGGAUGUGUCACGCUGUGUGAGUACAGGGCAUCAGGAAUUGCAGGAGGACAUCCUGGAUGAAAGUCUCGUUGAAGAGCAAGAGAUUUGUGGCUUCGAGGACGAUGACAACAUGUAGUUGUGCUCAAGGGAGGCUGUGGAUUGGGUUUGGUACUGUUUACUGAGCAAUGGUCUGUGUCUAAUCAAGGGCUGUGCUUGUCUCCAGUUAUGCAGAAGUGAGCAGCAAACUGAUAGUGUAACACCAAAGCAAUACUGAAAGCUAUAGCCAACCUGGUUCCUGUUUAUGUAGUUCAGCUUUCUGAAAGCCAAGAAGCUGCUCAUGAAAAGUCACUGUUGACAUAAGCCAAAGAUAACAUUAGUCGGCCCUUUUGUGCGCACUUACUGAACGUGUUGGAACUCUUUCGGUGAAAACAUUAUUGUAUCGAAAUUACAUAGAUUCUGCCAUUCAGCAGAACGCUGAGUGGCAAAAAACUGUUUAUCCUAGAGGCUUGAGCUGCUUCUUGCCGGUGGGUCAAUUGUCAAGGCCAAGUUUGUUUGCUGCAAGGUGUGCUAUUGCAUAGUUUUGUCUUUUACCAGCACCGGUGAUGACAUCUAACCUACUUUCCGAAGUGAAUUUUAUUUUUCGUCCUUUUUUCUCUGUGCCUGCAGGCAAGGCCUAUGAAUGUUCAUAUUCCUUUCCGUCCGAAGCUACAGGUUAAGUGAUGUGUGAUCAGCCUAUUCACUAAAUCUGUAUGGUCAUUUCUCUAGAUCACAUCACUGCCAUUAACAUGGACACUAGCAUUAGCUGGGUAUGUUUGCAUUUUAAUGUCAGUAAUACUGUGGUAUUCUUAAGAUGCAUCUGCCAUUCUUGACAGGAAAGUAUACUGGGCCUGCAGCAUAAAAAAAAAAAUGCAUGCAAGAUUGGAGAUAAUUAUUUUUGUGUGACAAAAUUGCACCUUAAGGGGUGUAUUAUUUUUAUUAGUGUGGUGUUCCAUAGCAGAGCAGAGGUAGAAGUCUGCGUGAGUACAAAUUGGCUGCAAUAGAACAAGUUAGUCCAAUGAUAACAUCUCCACUGUCCAUGUUGACUGCAUUUCUUUAUUGAAUUGUAUAUAUAUAUUUUUUUUUGUUCUAAAGCCUCUGUUUGGCUACCCCUACUCUGCACUGCAAGGUUACUCUGAUGCAAAGCACGCCCUAGUAACUUGCAGGCUAUUCAAGAAAGCAUGCACGUUAAUUAAAUGACAUUUUAAAUAUGUGCAGCACAUUGCGAUACAAGGGAAUCCCAUGAUACACUGCAUUAUUCAGCAAGAGUCAUUAAAAACCAAAAGAUUGAUUACCUACAAGCAGAAGCUAAGGCAGGAAAAGAUUAAUUUUGCUCACACUUCAGCAGCAGACACUGAGUUCUGCGGAGACUCGCAAAGGGCAGGGAGGUUCAUGAAAGGGCAAAUUGUCAUCCACCUGACAGCAGCACGAAAUUACAAAAGAAACCCAUACGGGUUUCUUGGAAAGAAAGCUCCGUGUUGAGGAAAAAUUUGUACUGGUCUAAACUCGGAGGACAAAUUUUUCUUCGACUGCAAAGCUUUAUCAGAAACCCGUACGGGUUUCCUUUGUAAUUUCGUGCUACUGUCAGGUAGCUGAACAUUUGCUCUUUCAUGCAUUUAGUGUUUAAUUUAGUGCAAGUUUUUUGGUUUUUCUUAUCCACUUUGCUUGUUUGCAGUAACCAGGAAGCUGCUGUUGGUUUUGGCAAAAAUGAACAAGGCACCAUAGCUAAAGUGGGGUAGUGCAGUGACAUCACAAAUUGUCAGAGAGCAGCAGUAAAACGUGGUGCAUUGCUACUCAAUAAUGAUUCCGUACAUUGCAAAUCAGUUCUGUGGAAAUCUGCAAUUGGAGGAAGGUUUCAUGAGAGGGGGGCAAAAUUGUCAUCAAUCUGACAGUAGCACUGGCACUAAAAAGGAAUGCCUUUCUUUGUAGGUUGCUUUCAUUUCCUUUGCAGCGUCACACAACUGUCAACUAGAUGAUUUUUUUUUGCUUUUAUGACUCUUCUUAUAGUUUGUACACUUAGCCUGAAUUGUUGAAGCGCAGAGUAGACAUUUCCUGUCGAGAACAGCCAAGCAUGUGUUACAUGCAGGUAUGAGCUUACACAGAAUUAAAGCUAGAGUUGCUCUCGUCUUGGCGCUAGUACAGCUUUCAGUUUAUUAUCAGUUCAACAAGAAAUCUUGCUAUAAAUUUGGGAUAACAUUUUUUUAUUAGGCUUGACACUUGGAUGCAAUGCAUCUCUUGUGUCUUCCAUAGGUGUUUUGUAAGGGUGCCACUAUGAGCUUCAUGGUAAACAUUUGUUUGCCUCCUGGCAGUCCAUAGAAACAGUAAGAACUGCUAUGUACCUAGUACUAAUAAUGCAUUUUUUUAUGCUGUACUUUUUGUUUUGCCUUCUUAGUCAAGCUGGAGCCAAAGAAUUGAGUUUCUGUCAUCCAUCUGCUGCUUACUCUCAGAUGCUAACUUAUUCAAGUUAAAACCAAGCAAUCUAUUUUUUCAGAAGGGCUUGUUGCUGGACAAGUUUGUAUGGUUAAAUAUACAUUUUUUUUUUUGCAGUGCGAGAAACAGACACCACACAGAGUGUGUCUGUUGUAUUCUGUGCUUGGUGUCUGUUUUUCAUGCCAUAAUAAAAAAUGUAUAGUAAUCUGUUUUCUGUCAUUCAGUUUGCGUAGACUGUGAAGAUUCAGUUGGAACAUGCAAAACAAAACUGCAUGCACUACAGAUAUGAAUUGACCAUUCAGUUUCAGGUUGUGCUGAUUUUCAUGUGCACUUUUAUGUCCCUGUACGUUUUAAACCUUUUGCACCUUUACUUUUUAUAUAAGUUCUCUUUAUUAUAUUUAUUGCCACUUCUGAGAUUGAUAAAGUUCCUCUUGUCUCCUAACUUAUAACCUUGAUGCCAAACGCUUUGUUCAGCAAAAGCACAGUUUCUGAGCUUGUUUUAUGGAGAUAAGUUUCCUUACCCAUUAGUCUGGAAGCCCUUUGAAGUUCACAAAGAAAGGCUGAUAUUUUUUUAUAUAUAUGGAUACAGUCUUCAUUCUUUUGCAAGAGCUUUGAAGCCGCUGUUCAUGUUACCAGACCUCUUGUCAGGUUCUACACUUGGGCUCCUUCUUUGUGGUAUAAAGCCCAGAGGUUGAAAAAGACAGUGAUAGAGUUUCAAAGCAUCAGGCCUGCUACAGUAGCUUCACAGUAGGACCUCGUAACAGAUUUUGUUGCAUGCAAAGUGGCAUGGAAGCGCUUGGGAAAGCCUGUCUACUGUAAGUUAUGUUUCACAUAUCAAACCUUGGCAGACACGUCCCGAGACAUUAUAACUUUUGAUACGGUUUGUCCUGUAGUUAUUUGCACUGUUUGCUCUGCAUAAGACUGGUGUGUUGUUUAGUUCUGGUGACCUUUGACUUAAGUCGGGUGUAACACACGGCAGGUGCUUUUUGCAGCAUCAAGGCUCCAAGUUCCAAAGCGUGGGGUGCAAAUGAACUCUCCUCAUGAGAUGUGGCACUCCUGCUAUGGUGGUGGGAGAUAAUACCUCAUUCAUUCCCAUUGCAGUGUACUAACAUUCUUUCGCACUUUGGGCAUCCAGCGAGGUUUGAUUGCCAUUAACAUUUGGGGUAGUAAUCUUUGGUGCAUACAAAUGCCAAAACAAAAUAAUGGGACAUGGUACCAUGCUUCUUCAGCCAUAUUUGUAACAACAGAAAGCUGUGUAAGUUGGUAAAGAUUCAUGGUACGGAAAGGCAGGCAUGCUGUACAACCUUCAGAAAGACAUAUAGUGACUUCUAUUAAACUUCUCAUUAUGUCCGUGUUUUGCAUGCCUGCCACUUUGUACCCUGAAUUCAGCCAUGUUUGUUUUCUAUUGGAUUGAUCAUGUGUGUCACAUUUUUAAGGGUCUCUUCAGUACAUGAGGGCAGCAUAUGUCUUGCACCAAGCGAUUUGCAUAAGCUCUGCUAGCUCUCAGGAAAAAGAAUUGUUCUCUUGCUUUUCGUCUUUCACUGUACUGUACACACGGUAAUUGGUUGACUAUACAGUGGGGGGUCUGCAUGAAAAUUUACAGGGCUCAUAUGGAAAAUGUACAUGAAGAGAUGCACAUGGCUUUCACUGUCUGAGCCAUGUAGUCCUGGUGCUGAGGAAAAUAUUUUAAUACUCGGAAUGCAUGAAGGUUGUAUAGCUUUGACUUGAUGUGAAAGUGUACAGAUGGCCCAUUGAGCGAAAAGGCUGGCGGCAUUUUACCAGGCGAAACUUCCCAUUGGCUGUGAUGCCACGUAACGAGCGCAUUCCCAUUAGCUGCGACACUGGCUCGGGCUUGCUGGCUCUAGCCUCGACAAAGCAGAGCGGGCAAAAGGGUACACCUGCUGCCGUGGUAUUGCAUGAGGGGAGAGUUCAUUGACGCGACACCACGUCAUCCUCACUCUCGAAAGCCUGCAUUCUAACUGUGCCUCGGUAAGGCCAAAUCAAAACGCGCCAAGUGUCUCAACGCACUCGCUUGCCCAUGAGGACCACCACUGAGUGGCAUUCAAUUGGACAUUAAUGCUUUCGCAUUCACAACUCAUAAGAAGUGCUUGGGUGUCCUUGUAUUUUUGUGCACCUUUACUCUUGUUAGUUUAUUUUCGCUACUUUAGCCCUUCCUGGUCUGUUACAGGGGAACUGAGAAAAUUGAAUCGGGAAGGAAGCAUGUAUGGACAGUGAGCAAUUUGACAUCCAGUGUGUUGGAUUGUGAUUUUAUUUCCCUUUUCGUUGUCCUGUUCUCCACCUCGUCCAGUCGAGAGAGGCAGCGUUCGGAGUCCUUCAAUUGUGGAAGUAAUUUAGUAGUGCUAUCAAGGAACCGGUUCAGCAUGCAUUUUUCAAGAAACUAUCUGAGCGGUGUGGAGGAAAGUUGCAACAAGCUGGUCAUCUCUGAUGUUUGCAGUGCCUGGGUUGGCAGUGUGGCACAUGAACUUUCCCCUCUUACAUAGACCAUUUCAGUUUUUGUUCAGUCCAUGGGUACUGCCUUCUUGAAAGUGCUGGGCUCUUUUAAACGUCGGAGUCGAAAGGGCAUUUCUGAACUGUUUCAUAAAAAUAGUCUGACCUGAGUAAGAAGAAUAAGGGGGAUCGAGGGGCUCGAUUUUGGUCCACAUCUUUUGCCGUGGCUGUGGGUGGCACUGGCUAACACUCCCUCUUGCAGACAUAAAUAUCCAAGAACAUUGAAUGGAUAAUGACCACGGCAGUUUGCAUUUGGUGGCAUUACGUUGGUGUUAGUAUAAAAGUGGCCAACUUCAAAAUGUAUUCUUGCUUUGCUGUCAUUUCUUUGUUUUACACCAACAGAAGGAAGUAGCAUCUGCUGGCAGCAGCCAUGCUGCAGAUUUCUAGUGGACGCUUAAGUGACACAUUGUGGUUUACUUGACUUUGCUUUGUGUAUUUACUGCCCCUGCCUCUGAAAUUAGAGCUUAUACAGUGGUGCUAUGGCUGUUUGUCAGUCACCUUGCGAGCUGGGAUUUACUGUCUUUUAUUUUUUUUUUUUUUUGCACACAAACCUCGUAGCUUGCAGAUUUACAAUUUACCUUAAAAAUCCCUGUUAUAUGACAUAAGCAUGAAUGUACUACACUCUUUUUCCUAAUUCUAAAGCUAGCUUUUCUGCAAGGAAGUUUUCUAAGCUAAUGAUGGUGUAGACAGUUUUGCAGUCACUGCAUUGUUUGCAUUUUAUGAGAUGAAAAAUGUAGUUGCGAUCUUCAUGUUGAAACAGCAAGCCAUGGACAUGCACUGGCCGGCAUAAUUAGCAUGUUGCACUUUAACAAUGGGAGCUGUUGCUAUUAGGCAAAUGGGGUGCACUUGCGAAUUAGAAGGGUGUAUAUGCCAGCCAAUCUACCAGCAUGAUGGGAAGGAUAAAAGUAAUACUAAUAAUUAAAAAAUAAACAGUGUUACUGGCAUGUUGUAUUGCCAGGGACGUGUUACUUUUGGAACAUUAGUUUUUCUUGCACUCUGAGCACAUAAGUUAAUAGACAUAGCGAAUUGUGCUGUCCUUUGACUUUGGCCUGUCUAGUACUUCUCAUGGGUAGUUAUUGACAAAGGAAUUGACACUAAUUGGUACUGACUGAUGGUCUUUUGAAUUUGAAUGUAAUACGUGCAGCAGAUUUUGCUUAUCAUGAUCUCAAAAAGAAUGCUCAUAUUAUACGUGUGGCAUAUUAUGGUAAUGAGUCAUUUGGCAGCAGCUGUAUUAGUUGGACUGAUUUAAUGCACUGAAGUGUUAUUGUGUGCUGAAGAAGCCAUUCUGUAGCUCACUGUUCUGACAUUUCUUCGCCUAUAACUAUUUAAAACAUAAAAUUUUGUAUUAUGUUUGCUUUUACCAAAAUAUUAAAUAUUGUAGUGAGAAGAUGCCAAUGGUUUUUGCUGGCUGGAAUGUUCUUUAGCCAUCAACUGAACCAUUUGAAACAAAGGUGCCGUAGGUGCUCAUGGGUAAAACAAAGGAGCAGCUUGUUGGUCGGCAUGCCCCUUGAAAAACGCAGCAGGGCACUGUCAUAGUACUCUCUUAAAAGACAUUUAGACAAACUAUGUGUUUUAUAUUAUUUCACUUUUUUUUUUACUUCCUCUUUACAAUACUUUCGAUAUUAACUUUUUGGUGGUAGCACAGCAUGCAGUAUCUGGGUUGCUUAACUCUUUCUCUACCGAGAACUCCAGGCUAGUCGUUCAAAUACAUACCGCUCCUACUGAGGACUAGCUGGGCUCGUCCAUACUAAGGCCUGCAAACGCAAGUUCGGCUUCAUUGUGCCUAAGUUAGUUCAGGCAUAAGUUAUACGGGCGUUAAUCAAAGUGAUAGUAUGACUCUAUUUUAGUGCAAAGAACAUGCCUCAGCUAACCUUAAAGCUUUGCAGCUCUGCAGUGAAGUUUUGAUUAGUACUUUGGGUAAGCAAACUGUUUAUUUUUAAAGUAUUGUUUAAAGCCCUUUCCUGAAAUAAAAGACAUUCAGUAGUAUUUUUUUGGCUCUUUGCAUAUAUGUUUGAACCAAUAAAAAUUAUCUGGACAUUUGGAAUUGUGACAGAUGCGAUACAUUGAGAGGUGGGCUGAUGAUUAGUUCAGUGCGCAUUUAUUUCAGUGUCGUCGUUGGUGGUUCAGAACACAUUUCAUGCUACAAAUGCCCUCUGUUCAAUCGGGCGUUGUUGAAUACAAUUUGUAAAGUGUGUGAAUAACUGCCAGUGGGCUUUCACCUUACACAUUUCCCAGGAUGUGGCCCUUGUUAACAUAAACUGUUGUUGAAUUCCUGCUUGUUUAUGUUAUGAAAGAGCACUGUAAAGUUAUAUGUGCUUUUGGCUGUGGCCCUGUGGUACUAGAAGGUGCAAAUUUUACACAGCCAACAGCAACUGUUGUGCUUCUGACAGGUCUUAAUAGUAUAAGCAGGAAAAUAAAAAAUAUCUUAACAAUGUUGCUUCAUUUUGUCACUUUGUGCCUUUGAUACCCUGAUCAAUCUGUUAAAAAAUUGGUGUUAUGCAUGCAUGAGCUGGAAAAUAACAUUUGAUGCUGAAUGACAGAGGUGUGUGGACGUCUAGGGGUGUUAUUGUAUUGAGGAGUUUAGUAAUGGAGCGGUAUACAGUUGUGGAAGUUUAUGUGUACCAUACCUCCACAUUUUAUUUUCAGUGUAUAUGUGCAUUGGUUGUUAAGCAUCACAACUGUCUCUUGUGUUGUUUAUAGAUAGUUGCCUGUUGUUUCAUGCAUCACUUCUGUUUUGUGCAUGCACGACUAGGCGUUAAACAUAGCAGUAGUGAAAAUGAACAUGCUUGCGCUAGGAUUCACAUAGUCUUAAUGUGCAUUGCAUUAGGCAACACUAACAAACCUGGCAGUAUAUGUAGCUUUGUAUUUAGUCUUUUCCUAGCUUACAUGCCAAAGCUAUAUAGCUAAGUUGUUUUUUUGCACUUCUAUGUCUCUUGGCCAUAGGACACAGCUGCGCACAUUCUCUUCUAAGUCUAGUCUCUUGAUGUGUGGUUUUCUGCACUCUAGUGAGAACAGUGCAACAGAACCCUGUUACAGUGAAUUUUCGUGGACCUAGACAUGAUGUUCACCAUGCUCAAUUAUUGAGUGGCCCUUCUGCCGAGAGCAAGGUCACAGGAUUUGGUACCUGACUGUAGUUGCAUCUUGAGGCCAAAAAUGAAAAAUAAGUGCUUAAUAUCAGUGCUAGGUGAAGUUCAUAUAGAUUGACAGAAACUUGGUUUAUAGAUACGUGAUUAUCGAAUAGACAGGCCAUUUCUGCUUUCUAGUAGCUGUCAUAUAAUGGAAGGUGUGAAUAGAGAGUGGAGUUCAGUUCGUAUGUUAAAGGCAAACUGCAACAGAAUUUCACUUUGUAUAAAUUGGUUAUAAAUGAUAAUUCUGAUACUAAAAGCAAUCUUGGCAACCUGUAGGUCAGGUGGUUAGCAGAAAUGACUCAACCUCUGAGAUCAGCGUGCUAUGGAUGCUGGUUAAUCUUGGAAGUCAUGCCCUGGUGCCCUGCUGAUUCUCUAAGUCCCAUUAUUUUUUACAAAUGGCAGCGUUUUUGUCUUGAGUUUCAUAAUAAGAAAUGUUCAAUUUUGCAAAGUUUUCAUGAUGUAGCCACUUGUAUAUUAAAUGCAAAAUUUUGUGAGGCUGUCUCAUAUUGAUAUCUGAAACUCAGCAUUUUAGGUUGUGCACACAGCGCAGGCCUUUACAGCGCGUAUACAAUACAAAUUAAGCAUUUUGCCUUGAUGCAAGCCUUUCUUGCCAAAAAUAAAAUAAAAAAAAUAUUGCAGUUGGUUUUAAGCACAAGAAUAUGAAGACACUUGACAAGCCUUUUUCAUUGAAUAUCUGAAAAAAAGUUUUGGCUUAGUUACCCUUACAUUUCUGGUUGGACCAUACAUAAGUACUCUUAAAGGACAAUUUUCUCUACCUCAUAUUUCUUUCUUCAUACUGUCAGUACAUGUAAAGUGCUUGUCCAAAUUGGCAUGCACUUGAACAAUAUGUGCAGGUUCCCUGUAACAGAGUUCUACUGUGCUAUGCAAAGCUGCAGUCGGCACUCCUUUGUGCUCAUUGCGUGUGUUGUCCCAAGUGUUUUGUACUUAUCACUUGGCCAUAUUUCCUUAGCCUAGGACACAAUCUUAUGGGCUUCCACUUAGCCACUUGCAGCUUGUUUACGCAACAUAAAGUUAUAGCAGUUUCCAUGCAUUGUGUGUGCUUCUGUACAGCACAUGCUCACUGUCAAUGCAACAUUUUGCGGACAUUCCUUCAAGUGUCUGUGAUGAUAGUUGGGUAGCACAUCAUCCGACAGCCUCAAUUUUGAGACCUGCAUUGUGCAGCCAUCUUUACGUACUUGUUCCUUGACACAAUUAUAAAGUGUUUAAUUUAUCUCUGUGUACUGUAAUAUGAUGCAAAUAAAAAGAUCACCCUGCCAAA